AUGGAUAUCCACAGAUGUCGAUUCGUACCAUUCAAGCCGCGGGCAAUUAACGCCCUCGCAUUCUCUCAUCCUCCCUCUGCGGAUGUCUCCGGCAGAGGUGUUCCUACUCUGCGUCUCGCUAUCGGACGUGCCAACGGCGAUAUCGAAAUAUGGAAUCCCCUUCGCGGAGCCUGGCUACAGGAAUCGAUCUUGCGAGGUGGUAAGGAUCUCAGCAUCGAGGGUCUUGCAUGGACUCAAGACCCCAGCGAGGACGGGACCGAUGGCAGCGGGUUUAGAAUCCCUGGGAAGCUGCGAUUGUUUAGCAUUGGGUCUUCCAGCGUGGUGACAGAGUGGAAUCUCGAAGAGGCUCGCCCUGCUAGGCAUUCAAAUGGUAAUUUUGGAGAGAUUUGGUGUUUGGCUGCACAACCCCGUUGGAGACCCACGGAGAAAGAUAAAGAUGGGAAAUUCUUACCCCCAGCUGAAGGGGAAUAUACGGGACAACAUUUGGCUGUUGGGUGUGCCGAUGGGUCAAUUGUCAUCCUGUCGACACAGGACGGGGAUUUGAGAUAUAUACGCACCAUGAGACCCUCAACUAAAAAGGCUAGAGUCCUCAGUCUUACGUUCCAGGAUCGUAACACUGUUGUAGCUGGAUAUACAGAUAGCACUAUUCGAAUCUUUGAUAUUCGCAAUGGCGUGAUUCUGCGUACUGUUUCCAUGGGUAAAGGCCUAGUGAAGGGCUCCAAGGAGGUGCUAGUAUGGUCGGUGAAAUGCUUGCCGGACGGGACAAUUAUCUCUGGCGACUCUACAGGUGAAAUACGGUUUUGGGACGCGAAGAAUUACUCUCUCAUUCAACGAAUACAGGGCCACCUGGCAGAUGUGUUGGAUAUUGCUGUUAGUGCCGAUGGAGAAUCUGUCAUCAGCGGCGGAGCAGAUCAGAGGACAACUAUAUACACACUAGAGAGGGGUAAGAAGAAUGAUAAAUCGAGGCGAUGGAAAGAAGUAACGCAUCGUCGAUAUCAUUCGCAUGAUGUCAAGGCCUUCGCGGUUUAUGAGACAAGGAAUAUAAGCAUCGUCGUAUCAGGAGGAUUGGAUACAGUUCCUGUCGUUGUACCGUUGCGCGAGUAUGGGUCAGAACACCACCGAAAAUUAUCAAAUCUUCCCCAGGUUCCCCAAAUAUCCUCAGCGCCUUCACCACGCCUCCUUAUGAGUUGGUGGGACCGUGAAGUCAGCUUAUGGUAUAUUUCUGGGAGUUCGGGGAAUGAUGGGAGGCUCUUAGAUGGGAUGAGCCAUGAACUAGUAGGCAAAGUGCUGUUCCAAGGCGAGGAAAAUCUUACGUCCGCCACCUUGUCAUCUGACGGGAAAUUUUUCGUUGCAGCAACCAUAGCUGAAGUGAAAAUGUUCAGUGUGAAGUGGCGGAGGGGGGGUAGCCAGCCUGUGCUCCGCUUCAAAAAGAUUGACCUUCCACCUUCAGUUGCUAGACAUGGAGCUAAAACCGUUGCUAUCUCACCUAAUCGCCAAUGGCUUUGUCUGGUCCGUCCCAACAACCAAAUAUCUCUUGCCAAAAUUGUGCCAAGCUCUGAUCCUAAGAAGAACCCACGCAUACUUCCUCAAAUACUUGAUUUGGACCGUAUUCCAAGGCAAAUCCGACACAAAGAAAUGUACGGUACACUUGGGGAAUACGAACGGAGCAUUCGCUGUAUUGCAUUUUCAGAGGACAGUAGAAUUAUGGCGAGCGGCGACUUGGCAGGUUGCAUAGACUCUUGGAUUUUGGAGGAUGUCAGAGCAUCUACGCAAGGUACAAUGCUGAAGGUGAACGGAAAGCCUUCGACAAACUCUUCGGAUGAUGAAUCCUCGUGUGACGAUGACGAUUCUCCUGCUGUACUCGACGGCCAGCGGUGGAUACAGACGCCUUCAGAAUCACCAAUUCCUCGUCUUAAAGCCGGAAUCCUCUUGCUAUCAUUCCGCCCAUCAAGUCGUUCCCAACCCAAAGAUCUCACGAACGGAACUACCAGAGUUCAUGUCUCCUGUCCAUCUUUCUCCAUUACUGAACGCCUAAUGGUAUUGACCGCAGAACACCAGUUGUCCGAAUUCGAGAUUCUGAAAGGGAAACUGUCCGAUUGGUCGCGGAGAAAUCCCACAGCGUAUCUGCCAAAAGAAUUUACCAUCCUGAAGGAUAGGGCGAUGGGUGCUAUCUGGGAUAUAAAUAAGAGCCGGGAACGCCUUUGGCUUUACGGUCCUACAUGGAUGUGGAUGUUCGACCUUUCGCUGGAUUUCCCCCCACCGAAUGGUUCUACAAGCAAGGAUAUUGCAGAUGGCGCAGUGCAAAAAGGGCAAAGCAAACGUAAGCGAGGGGAUGAUGACAGGAAAAUUCUGAAGACCAACACUGGUGCUGGAGAUAGAAUACCAGUAUCGAAAUCCGACGUGGGCCUGGGGAGAAAAAUGCGCAAAAUCGUGGAUGGUGAUGAGUUGAAUGUACAAUGGAUAGACAUUACACGAAAAAGUGAGCGAGAUGAUAUUCUUGACGAAGAUGAGCACAAACAAUACAACGAAGCAUCCAUUGCAAAUGACUCUACCUUGGCACGUCUUCGACGAGAGCAAAAUCUUGCGCAACUCGGAUCUGAUGGAAUGGAAGACGAAGACGUGGAUAAAGAGACAAAUCAUCACGAUCAACAUCUGCCCAACGGUAGGAGCACACAUCUCCCCUCUUCAUCCACAGAUUCCAACGCAAAGUCGCAAGUAGCGUUCGCUGUUGUAAUCGACAACAGGCCACAAGUCAAUAGUGACACCGUACUGCCGCAAGCAAAGCAGGGGCGAAGUCAAAAUAUACACUCCUCUGGGUCUGACAAGCUUGAACGAAAACAAGCAACUCCCUCCACCCGCAGCGCAAUUAACCCAAGCUCUUCAACAGACGUUGAAGCGCAAGUCCCAUCACUAACGCCGCAUAAACGAUCACUGCCGCAACGUCGUUGGUGGCAUACGCAUAAAUAUCGGGAUAUUCUUGGAAUAGUGUCGCUUGACGAGCCGGAUAGCAGAUCAGAUCCAAAUCAAAAACUGGAGGACGGGUUUAAUAUUGAGGUGGCGGUAGUGGAACGGCCAAUGUGGGAAAUAGAGUUGCCUGGGCGGUAUUUACGAGACUAUGAGUAG